CUCUCGGAUGCUGCUGCGGCAGCUGCCGUGGCUCUCGCCCGGGUCCACUGCAAAAGCGACCUGCCGCAUUCUACUCCUGCUCUCUGCCGACUCAGCACCGCCCCUGCACCAAGCCAGACGGUCAGCGUCCAUCGAUCGCCCUGGUGGGAGCUUAGAAGGCGGCAGGCGAAGAGGGGUAGGAGGGGGAGAGCCUAAGAGCAGCAGAGGGGGUGUUAGGCGAGGGGGCUCUCGGAGGGGAGGGGAGGCCAGGGUGAUCCCCGAAAGGAUGGCCCGGCCCUCUAGAACGGCACUGCGUUAAGGCACCCCGCGGCCGGAUGAAACACCAACCCUACCCCCUCCCAACCUUCGGCAAAAAAAAAGCUGCACCCCGGGUUGCAGGCAAGGGGUAUUCCAAACUCAGCAAAAGGCAGGGUGGAAGGGAAGAGAACCAGAAGGGAAGUCGUAGAUCUCCUGACCUGUUAGCUUUGAAGCCCCUCCCUCCCUGAGCGUGGGGGAGACUCGCACUCAGGUGGGGGGUGGAGCUCGAGUCCCCCCACCUCUCCUCCCUUCGUCCUUCCCACCGCGGGCCCUCUCCCAGUCUCUCACCCUCACACCCGGCUUCCAUCAUGACCGUGAUGUCUGGGGAGAACGUGGACGAGGCGUCGGCAGCCCCUGGCCACCCCCAGGAUGGCAGCUACCCCCGGCCGGCCGACCACGACGACCACGAGUGCUGCGAACGCGUGGUGAUCAACAUCUCCGGGCUGCGCUUCGAGACACAGCUCAAGACCCUGGCACAGUUCCCCAACACGCUGCUGGGCAACCCUAAGAAACGCAUGCGCUACUUCGACCCCCUGAGGAACGAGUACUUCUUUGAUCGAAACCGGCCCAGCUUCGACGCCAUCCUCUACUACUACCAGUCGGGGGGCCGGCUUCGGAGGCCGGUCAACGUGCCCCUGGACAUGUUCUCCGAGGAGAUCAAAUUUUACGAGCUGGGCGAGGAGGCCAUGGAGAAGUUCAGGGAGGACGAGGGCUUCAUCAAGGAGGAGGAGCGCCCCCUGCCCGAGAAGGAAUACCAGCGGCAGGUGUGGUUGCUCUUCGAGUACCCUGAGAGCUCCGGGCCCGCCAGAGUCAUAGCCAUUGUUUCGGUCAUGGUCAUCCUCAUCUCCAUCGUCAUCUUUUGCCUGGAGACUCUACCGGAGCUGAAGGAUGACAAGGACUUCACAGGCACCCUUCACCGCAUUGACAACACCACGGUUAUCUACAGUUCCAACAUCUUCACGGACCCCUUCUUCAUUGUGGAGACCCUGUGCAUUAUCUGGUUCUCCUUCGAGCUGGUGGUGCGUUUCUUUGCCUGCCCCAGCAAGACGGACUUCUUCAAAAACAUCAUGAACUUCAUCGACAUCGUGGCCAUCAUCCCCUAUUUCAUCACCCUGGGCACUGAGAUAGCUGAGCAGGAGGGGAAUCAGAAGGGCGAGCAGGCCACUUCGCUGGCCAUCCUCAGGGUCAUCCGGUUGGUAAGGGUUUUUAGAAUCUUCAAACUCUCCCGCCACUCCAAGGGCCUCCAGAUCUUGGGCCAGACCCUCAAAGCUAGUAUGAGAGAGCUAGGACUGCUCAUCUUUUUCCUCUUUAUUGGGGUCAUACUGUUUUCUAGUGCAGUGUACUUUGCCGAGGCGGAAGAAGCUGAGUCGCACUUCUCCAGUAUCCCUGAUGCUUUCUGGUGGGCGGUGGUGUCCAUGACCACUGUAGGAUACGGUGACAUGUACCCUGUGACAAUUGGAGGCAAGAUCGUGGGCUCCUUGUGUGCCAUCGCUGGUGUGCUGACAAUUGCCCUGCCCGUACCUGUCAUUGUGUCCAAUUUCAACUAUUUCUACCACCGAGAAACUGAGGGGGAAGAGCAGGCUCAGUUGCUCCACGUUAGCACCCCUAAUUUAGCCUCUGACAGUGACCUCAGUCGGCGCAGUUCUUCUACUCUCAGCAAAUCUGAGUACAUGGAGAUCGAAGAGGAUAUGAAUAAUAGCAUAGCCCAUUAUAGACAGGCCAAUAUCAGAACUGGCAAUUGCACCACAGCUAAUCAAAACUGCGUUAAUAAGAGCAAACUACUGACCGAUGUUUAAAAAAGCCAAGCAAACAAAAAAGCCCCACUUAGCAGCUUGAAAGACUUAAAAACAAAACAAAAACCCUAGUGACCCAUGUCACUCUUUGUUGAUGCUUCACUAGUCUUCGAGUGCUCUAUUUAACUGUCAAUGCAUUGUUGCAUUGUGGAUUUUGGGGGUGGCCAACCAGAAGCUUUCAAGAUCCAUGAAAAUAAAAAGAAUCUAUUUUCACUUUGUUAAAAAUGGAUGAAGAAAGUGUAUUUUAUAAAAUUGGUUUAAAAAAUGCAGUCCAUGAGCUAGUCUAGGUAAACUAAGAUUCAUAUGCUUUCCCCUUCUGAAACAUUUGUAAUCCUUGGACCUCUUUAACUUUUUUCUUUUAACUAAAAACCAGAUGAUCACUUAGAAAUAUAAAAUUAAAAGUUGCAUAGGACUCCAAAAUAAAAUCUUUGCAAACUGCACAGCACAUUUAAGACAGUGCAUCUGAUGAUAUGCAACAUGAUAUGCCAGACAAAAUGGGCAGCGAACAAAUGUUUUCCACGUUGAUCAACUGAACUGCAUAUUAUAAGGUGGAAAAAAAAAAGGCAAACAACAUUACUUGAGACUGGCUCACAAAGCACCUUAUCAAUCUGAUGCCGGUCCUGGUCUUUAGGGAUUCUCCCUCAGUCCCAUUCUCCUUCUAUUCAAACUAUUCUCUAAGAAAAAGAUACUGAAUUAAAUUAAUGGAUUCAUCUGCAGUGCUGCUAAGUUUCUCAACUGCAGGCGAGCCCCACACAGGUCUUUUCUCACGGGUCCUGUACCCUGACCCCUGGCCUCCAGAACUGGAUGUAAAACCUUAGCCUCCUUAUUGCAAGAGAGCACAAAUGGAGUUAAAUGUAAGCAUGUUUGAUUCUGAUAAUAAUUUAUUUUAUAAACGCAUGCUGAGAACAUUAACUCAGACAAUAGGGGAUAAGCUUAUGUUUGAAUCGACUCUUCUAAAAAAUAGAUCCUUUUUCAUUUGCAUUCACCAAAAGUGCACUCUUUUAUUUAUUAACUAUUUUAUUAGUAAAUAAAGUACUGUAUUUAAGUGCAUAUAUUAUUCAGAUGGGAAUAAUAACUUUUUGGAGCUCAAAGCAUGUUCUCUUAUUCAGCAUUAUGGCCUAUUUGAUUAAGGUGUACCUUGAAUUAAUUAAUGCAUGAUUUCAGUAAAAAACACUUAAAAAUAAUAAAAACUAUAAGUUUG